AUGGUACACAAUAUGCAAGCCAGGUCUGACAAGCCCGAUACGGCUGAGACUGGGAAAUUCACUGAGUCGAAACUGAAGAAGACAGAGACGCAAGAGAAAAAUCCCCUGCCUCCAAAAGAAAAGACUGAACAGGAGCAGCAAGCAGGCAAAUCGUAA